AUGCACACUUUUACCCUUCUCCCGAUCCUGACGUUGCUUGCCUAUGCACAACGAGUCACGUCUAUGCCGGCUCCCGCCGGUGUUCAGCCUGGGACCUAUGAAGAAACCAGCGCGACCGAAUCGGUCAAGGCAGCCUGUCUGCGAGACAUCCAGGAUUGCACCGAUCGUCAUGGAAAAGCUAUCUGGCGGCCCGGGCCAAAGGAUUCCGGGUUACCCAAUAUCAAACAAAAAGACGUCGUUGCCACCGAUCCAGUGCCAGACAACUAUGCCUAUCACGCCAGGCUCGCCGUCAUAGGCGCUUGGUCUCAGUUUGCAGCUACUGAUCUCCGGGAAAUGUUCGCCUCCAACGACAGCACAAGGAAAGAUAGAGAUUCGUAUUGCAUCUACGAUGACGCGGAGAUGUCAAAGGUCACUGUCACUAUAGGAAAGAAUAGGACGGAUGUGACCGACUACACAACGUAUUCACCUCAAGAGAUCACAGACUUGCCCAACAAGCUGGGAUCGAUCAGGAACAUCCUUGAUUGGCCGACCUACUGGCCGUAUCUGCUUGGACAGACCCUUAGAGACAAGUGGUAUCAAAGUGAUAUUCCUGAAGAUCAGGUCACGCUUGAAAAUGUCGAACAGUAUGUCAUCGCUUAUUGCGAAAUCUUGACUGGGGUGGAGUGUGUGGCGACCGGGACGUCUGAGCCGAAGGUAUUAGAUGGGAAAGAAUCGGCAAGCGAUGAGAUAUUCAGGAUCCUCCUGAGGUCUAAAUUCACGCCGGUGAUCAUGAUCGAAACCGGGGACGUUGACUCGAAAGGUGUUUGGGGCGUUAGCGACGCUACAUACAAUUCGCGUUGGGUCAAAUAUUGGAACCACAAAGAAGGUAAAAUGUAUGGGACAGAUGCGACGUCAAGCUUGAGGGUCGUCCAUGUGAAGGGUGUCGAGGAGAGGCCUGCCAAUCCGCUGAAGACGUUUGAGCGCAACGAAAAGCAAUAAAUGAC